CUUAAAUUGGAUGCCGAUGCGGCUCCUCGGCAAAGGUGAUCAACGUCGGUCCCCGCAUCUUCAGUGCAACAAUAGCAGGAACUUACACCGGGAAAGGGAAGUGCUAAGAACAGAACUCUUGGCAAAGCCAGUUCCAAACCCCAACAUCGUGGUCUCUGAAUGUUCCAUGCUACCAAACUCUGCUUGACCUCCUUGUUUUGGCAGGCGUUGAGGACUCGGCGCUGGGCGAGAUAUGCCCCAAGAACUCUCGCAAUGGCACUUUCGGAUGUGACUAAUAGAUCGGGUUGUUGUGGUCGGCUGACGUACAUACAUACAUACCAGGUACAAAUACUCGGUCAGUCACAGGCCGGUGCUGAGGAUGAGGGGAUGAUUUGGCAGUCUGAAUCUUCCGUCCGUCUACUCCGUCUACCAUUGCCAACAUGAAGAUCAACACGCUCGCCUCCUUGACGGCCAUCCUGGCGGCUUCGGCGGCGGCAGCAGACUCUGCCGCCGCCUCUGCUCAGUCUGCUGCUUCCGGGAAGAUGGAGAAAGUCAUGGAGAUCAAGACCAAGCAGUGGGACGCCGCCAGGGCCAGAGGUCUUUUUGGCGGCUCUGCCUUGUACCGCAAGAUCACAUCCAAGAAGACCUGCAAAAAGGGCAAGGCCGGUAGUGGGAAUGACGCGUAUGCCUGCAACAAUGUCGACCUUCACGGUUUCCUCAGCCACGAAGACCUCGGUUCCGCCACCAAGGCCGGCAACGACGUUUGGGGGUGGACGUCACCGGGGGGCCGUGAAUUCGGCAUUGUCGGUCAGACAGACGGCGUCGGCUUCGUCGAGGUCAUGAAGAACGGCAACCUCGAGUAUCUCGGACGUCUCGACACCCAGACCACGCCGACCAGCUGGCGGGACAUCAAAGUGAUCGGACAUCACGCCUACAUUGGCUCCGAGGCAGACGGCCACGGGCUGCAGAUCUUUGAUCUCAACAAGCUGCUCGAUGUCAAGCCCUGGUGGAACCCCGUCUUCUGGACCCCAAAGACCUUCAGCAAGGAGAAGGACAUCACCUUGUUCUCGGGCUUUGGCGCCUCCCACAACAUCGUCGCCCACGCCGAGACCAACAUGAUCUAUGCCGUGGGCGGCCGGUCGGGAGCCAACGCGCGCAACACCACCUGCGCCGGCGGCAUGUUCAUGGUCGACGUGUCCAACCCGGAGAAGCCCGUCUCGCCGGGCUGCAUCGCCCAAGACGGCUACGUGCACGACGCGCAAUGCGUCAUCUACAAGGGCCCGACCGACAAGUACCUGGGCCGCGAGAUCUGCUUCAACUACAACGAGGACACGCUGACCAUCAUGGACGUGACCGACAAGGCCAGCCCGGCCAUCGUGUCGCGCACGCCCUACGUCGGCUUCGCCUACACCCACCAGGGAUGGCUUGUCGACGACUCCAUGACCUUCCUGCUUCUCGACGACGAGCUGGACGAGAUGGAGGGCACCGAUCCCGGCAGCGACGGCCACACCACCACCUACAUCUUCAACAUCACCAACCUCGAGGCGCCCGUCAACACGGGCCACUACAAGAGCCCCGCCAAGUCCAUCGACCACAACCAAUAUGUUGUCAACGGCCUUACCUACCAGGCCAACUACGGCUCCGGGCUGCGCAUCGUCGACGUGUCGGGCGUGGAGCUCGACCCGACCGGCGGCAACUUCGCCGAGGUCGGCUUCUUCGACUGUCACCCGGAGGACGAUGACGUCAACGGCGUGGUCGAGUUUCUGGGCACCUGGUCGGUCUACCCGUAUUUCAAGUCCGGCUACAUCCUUCUCAACUCGAUCGAGCGGGGCAUCUUCUCGCUCAAGUAUACGGGGCGGAAGGCGAAGUAUCUUUAGUAGGAGUACCUAAUAUGGGGCAUCUUUGAAUGUGGGCGUAAUAAAGGCUCGCCGGGAACGCCGCUCCCUGUCUUGGAUGUACAUAGAAGGAGAGAAUGAGAUUCCCAGAUCAUCUGGUACAAUCAGAGUGACGUAGGAUGUUGACGAUGGAGUAAAUCUGAGAGUAUUAUGCUCACG